AUGUCGUUGUUCAAGACGAAAGAAUGGUGGCGAACGGUGUGCGGGGCGAACGAAGUUUUCGACGGGCAUAGCUUACUGGUAGCGCCAUUGUUUGGCGAAGACAAGAAGGAUAUACUCGUGGUGGGCAGUCACGACGGUUACCUGAGAAUGUACAGUCCCUCCUCGCAAUGGUUGGAAAACGAUAAAUGCCCGAGCAAUUACAAGUCCACGGACUUGAUGAUCGAGACUCGAAUCGGUGACUGUAUCGUUGACGUCAAAGUCGGAAAAUUUGUAUCAGGCUCGCAGGAUCUUCGACUGGCGGUACUGACGCCCGCGAAAUUGACCGUCUACAACGUGAGUCUGAAGGAUGAAUCCAUGGAAUACGGAGACCGUUGCGAACUGGCAGUCGCUUACGAGCAUUCGUUGCCGCGAUUCCCAGCUUCUCUGACGUCUGGGCCAUUUGGCGGCGUCCGUGGCAGGGAAUUUCUCUGCGUGCAGUGCUUAGACGGUACGCUUCUCUUUUACGAGCAAGAGAUGUUCGCGUUUAGUCAGGUUCUCCGAAAUCGAUUGCUACCAGAGCCGAUCAUCUACAUUUCGCGGAACGAUCUGUUCGUCACCGCGAGCACUCGUUGGUUCAUCGAGUGUUACAGGUACCAAACAAUGGCGGAGUUUGCCAGGAGUAGAGACGAAUCCAACGACGCUGACCAGCGGCCUGACGUCGAGACUCUCGAACCAGACUGGUGCUACAACAUCGGCGAGGCCAUCCUCGACAUCCAGGCUGUCACCUUGAGCAGCUUCGAGGUUGGAAUCAUAGCGUUGGGAGAGAAGCAUCUGUACUGUCUGAAAGACAACUGCUCGUCUGUCAAGUACGCCAAGAGGCUCGAAUACAAGCCCCUCUGCUUUCGAGCCUACGUUAUCGAAUUGACCGCGGUACUUUCAGAGCCGGACGGGAAGUUGAUGGUGCUCGUAAUUGCCGACACGAGCACUCUCAUGAUUUACGAGGGCACCACGCUCAAGUGGUCGGCGCAGUUGCCUUUUGCUCCGGUCACCGUCGCGAGGGCUCAGCUUCAGCAUUUGCAGGGUGUAAUCGUUGUUCUGUCGGAGGACGGUCGCCUGGAGGCUUGUUACCUGGGCGUGGAACCAGGAUUGUUCAUCGCGCCGCCGCUUCAUCCGAGGGGAUACGAUUACGCAGCCGCGGAGCAACAGCUCGGAGAGCUACGAGCCCUGUUGAAGAAGAGCAAAACCUCAGACGAACGAACCAGCGACGCCACGGUGGACGCUGAGCUGAUAGUCUCGGUGAACGUUUCGCCAGAUUUGGAGGGUAACAUUCUACCUGGAAACGAUGAUGUCUCGGACGACGACUCCGAGGGACGACCAUUCGCGUGCAGAGUCGCCAUAGAACUGUCCUCGUACGCCACGCUGCACGACGUCCAGAUUUGUGUUUGCGUGUAUCAACCCCUGGUCGCGACCCAGGAUUUUUUCGUCGUCCCGUAUCUCUGCGAACGACACACGUCGGAGACGGUGAUUUACGUGAACGGAGACCUGUCGCCGAUAUCCUCGGAGAUCGAGGUGGUCGUGACUUAUCGAACGGACUCCGGCAGCUUGCGGACAGUUCGAAAAAUCGGUCAGGUGCCGCUGAAGAUGAUGCUGAAGAGCUGCCCGCCCGAAAAUGCCACCACCUUCACCACCGUCGUCAAACGCAACGAACCACUCGUCGGCUUCACCCAGCUGUUUCCUGAAUUCACCGGGGAUCAGCUUCAGAGGCAAAGGCAGAACUGGAACGCGCUGGGUUUGAGACACGCGAAGAACGGCCAUGCUGUUACGAUUGUUUCCGGCAACGCGACCAAUCGAUAUCGGGUGCAAUCGAACGACGGAUUGUCGACGACCUUGGUGGUUCAACAGCUGAUCAACAGACUGAAGGACAAAACGACUGGGAACCACUCGGCGGCCAUCGGCCAGAAUCACAUUCAGUUGGUGCACUCACGAAUAGAGGCUCAUUUUCUCGCUCGUCGAGAAAUCGAUAGGAUAACGAACGAAAUCGGGCUGCUGACAGUGCAAUUGAGAAACAUCGAAAGGAAGAUGCUGCGAGCCGUGAGAGAAAGAAACAGUAAAUCGUUACCGGACACCGGAUUGCCAUUCCUUUUCGACUCCACUUAUCGUACGACCUUGGACUGUCUCGAAGCCCUUGUCAAAGCUAGAACGGAACGAGACCGAACAGGACACGAGCUUUGGUGCAGUCUGAGGUUGUUGCUUCUGUUGUUGCGGCUUAACGCGAACGAAGAGAAAUACGCCACGCUGGAGGCAGCGAUUGGCUUCCGGCCACGACCGUGCGAUCAGCUGGACUGGGAAGAAAUUGCUGACGCGACGCUGACGACUCUCCUCAGAUCCGUUUCGAAGAAGCCAACGAUCACGGAGUCGAAGCCUCUGACGUGGAACACGGUCACGCCGAUCGUGUCGACCAAGGAGCUGGCGAAGUUGAAGAAACGUUUGGUUCACGCGAUCGAACGGCUCGAUGAAUCCAGGGGAUCCGACAUCGCGGAGAUCGAACCCAGCGACGGCAACGACCUUAUCUCCGUUUAGGCUAGGCGCACACUAUCGACAUUCCGUCGCUUAAACCGUUCAAAGGGGGACAUGCCUCGACGAGGCCCACGAAAGAAAGAAUUCA